AUGUCAAUUUCCCCGGUGCUCACGCAUGUGCUGCUCACAUCAGCUCUGGUCUGGGUGAGCUGGUCCAUAACCAGCUUACUGACUAACGUAUCUCGGGCUCGAGCGACCGCCCUACCGUACGUGAUAGUGCCAUGCUCCCUCCUGGGCGCCCCUUGGCUCCUGAGCCAAUCACUGCUGCUCCCUAUUUUCAAAGCCCUCCCCCAAUCAUGGACGGAACAUUGGCUUCCAUUACUCAUCUUCAACGACGGCUGGCAUAACGGCUAUGAGCCCUUCGAGCGCGUCGGCACAGACACAUUUCUGGCCGUCUCGCCCGGGGGCAUCAUUCUAUACACCUGCGACCCGGAUGUUUCAUCCCAGCUAUUCCGCGAUGGCCGGUUCGCAAAACCGGCGCAUUUGAUGGCGGUUUUGAAUAUCUUUGGUCCGACUAUGACGGGGACGGAUGGGCCCGAGUCUCGGCUGUACCGUCGCAUCUCGGCUCCCUUUUUUAACGAGGCAACUAUGCGGCAGGUUUUUGCGCAUUCCGUUCAAGGCGGACGGGCUUUGGGGCAGGUUUUGGGUCAGCGGCGGACGGCGCAUCGUCAACUCCGCACGCUCUCCGCGCGGCUUUCGUUGCAUUUGCUUAAUCGUGUCUGUAAUCAGAAUCAGACGCAGGAUGAGCUGGUGAAGGCGUUGAGGUUUGAGGAUUCGGUCCCGGGGACUCAUCGUAUGGGCUAUAGUGAUGCUGUGCAUACCUUGCUCGACUAUUAUCAGACUGUCUUUCUCUUUCCUCCUGGACUUCUCAGGAUUUCGCCCUUCAAGGGCCAUCGCCAAGCCGCAUUGGCAUACGCUGAAAUGGAGCUUUAUAUGCAGGAGCUUAUAGAUGAAAACAAGUCAGAUCUCAAUGACAAACCACAUCGGCUCGUCCAAGCAGGACUCCCCUCACCUAAUGGAGACGCCGAUGCCUUGCUUAAUACGAAGCAAGUUACCGGCAACCUCUGGCUCUUCAUGUUCGCCGGCCAUGAGGCUAACGCCAACACUCUAACUUUCAUCAUUCUCCUCCUGGCCUGCCACCCAGCCACUCAACGGGCCAUGCAAGCCGACAUUGACCGCAUCCUCGGCAACACCUCCCCAUCAGAAUGGAGCUAUGAAGCUCACUACAAGCCUCUCAUGAACAGCCUCGUCGGUGCCGUCAUUAACGAAGCUCUCCGCCUAUUUACCGUCCUUCCCGUCCUUCCAAAAUACGUGCCGCCGUCGGGGCCCCCAAUCCCCAUCACAGUCCAAGGCCAAACUCACCCCUUACCCCCAGCCACGAUCGCAUUUAUAAACACCAGUGCCACACACCGUCAUCCACGCUACUGGCCUCGUCGCAACGACUCAGCCACCAAUGCAACCCAGGAUCCUCGAAAACGACCCUUUGGGAUGUCGGACUUUGAUCCCGAGCGAUGGAUCAAUCCAAGUAACGAGGAUCAGACCGGUUCUCCUAACGAGGAUGGGUUUUUGAAUCCGUAUCCUGGUACUUUCGUGCCCUUUUCUGAGGGAAGUCGUGGAUGUUUGGGAUAUCGCUUUGCGCUUGUGGAAGUGUGCGCUGUGGUGGUGAGUUUGUUCAAGGAGUCAUCGGUUAGACUUUUGACGCGAGAUGAGGAGGACGGAAGUCGUGCUGGGGUGGUGGAUUCGUGGGAGGCGGCGAGGGAGCGAGCUGAGCUUGCGCUCUCUGAGGGGGUUAGUUUUGAUAUGAGCUUGCGUAUCACACGGAAUGUGCCGGUGCGUUUUGAGGCACGGGCUUAG